GUCCCCACUAUGGCGGCGCCCAUGCCGCCCACCGCGUCGUGGGCGCCCGCCGGGGUCCCCCGCGGCUGCUGCCGCCGCCUGCGCCGUCGCCUGCGUCUUCCCGCCCGCGUCGGGCUAGGCGCCGCCUCCCCGCUGCCUCCCUCACCGCUGCGGUCAUGUAGGAAAUCGUAAAUCAUGUGAAGAUGGGACUCUUGGUAUUUGUGCGCAAUCUGCUGCUAGCCCUCUGCCUUUUUCUGGUACUGGGAUUUUUGUAUUAUUCUGCAUGGAAGCUACAUUUACUCCAGUGGGAGGACUCCAAUUCAGUGGUUCUAUCCUUUGACUCCGCUGGACAGACGCUAGGCUCAGAGUAUGAUCGGUUGGGAUUCCUCCUGAAGCUGGACUCUAAACUGCCUGCGGAGUUGGCCACCAAGUACGCAAACUUUUCAGAGGGAGCUUGCAAGCCUGGCUAUGCUUCAGCCUUGAUGACCGCCAUCUUCCCCCGGUUCUCCAAGCCAGCACCCAUGUUCCUGGAUGACUCCUUCCGCAAGUGGGCUAGGAUCCGGGAAUUUGUGCCGCCUUUCGGGAUCAAAGGUCAAGACAAUUUGAUCAAAGCCAUCUUGUCAGUCACCAAAGAGUACCGCCUGACCCCUGCCUUGGACAGCCUCAGCUGCCGCCGCUGCAUCAUCGUGGGCAAUGGAGGUGUCCUUGCCAACAAGUCCCUGGGGUCACGAAUUGAUGACUAUGACAUUGUGGUCAGACUGAACUCGGCGCCGGUGAAAGGCUUUGAGAAGGACGUGGGAAGCAAGACCACACUGCGUAUCACCUACCCCGAGGGCGCCAUGCAGCGGCCCGAGCAAUACGAGCGCGAUUCCCUCUUUGUCCUCGCUGGCUUCAAGUGGCAGGACUUCAAGUGGCUGAAGUACAUCGUCCACAAGGAGAGAGUGAGUGCAUCGGACGGCUUCUGGAAAUCUGUGGCCACUCGAGUGCCCAAGGAGCCCCCUGAGAUUCGCAUCCUGAACCCAUAUUUCAUCCAGGAAGCUGCCUUCACCCUCAUUGGACUGCCCUUCAACAACGGCCUCAUGGGCCGCGGGAACAUCCCGACCCUUGGCAGUGUGGCAGUGACCAUGGCACUACACGGCUGUGAUGAGGUGGCAGUCGCAGGCUUUGGCUACGACAUGAGCACCCCCAAUGCACCCCUGCACUACUAUGAGACCGUGCGCAUGGCAGCCAUCAAAGAGUCCUGGACACACAACAUUCAGCGAGAGAAAGAGUUUCUGCGGAAGCUAGUGAAAGCACGUGUCAUCACUGACCUAACCAGUGGCAUCUGAGGUGGGCCCAGAGAGCAUAUGGCCAUGGAGGUCUCAGCACCGCAGGAGCAAGCUGCAGCCCCCGCCACCUGCACACUUCACUGGCCUUGGUCUGGCCCUGCCUGAGAGGCGCAGGAGUCUUUAGACCCAGAGGACAGUGCCAAGAGGCCCCAGGCGUGGCAGGGCCUUGGCAGGGCAGCCAGAGCUAUGUCUGCUCAGAGGCCAGCCUCAAAGACCAGCACUUGGCCUCACUCAGCCUGGGCCCUUGAAGCCAAAGGGCCAGGAGGCCACUGGCCAGGCCCAGCAGGCCCAGCAUGCAGGAGGUGGACACAGGCAGCAAGGCUGCUGCUGGAAUUAUUUCUCUAAUCAGU